GCUAAUUAGACUUUGCACAAACUUCAGCAAAAGCACAACAAACCUAAAAAAAAAUCAAAACAUUACAAAAUGUCGGCAUAUUUGGCACUCGCUUUGGUAUUCGCCACCGUUUGUUUGAUCCUCUGCCAAGCAGCUCCUGCGCCCGGCGAGUAUCUGCUGGAUGCCCAGACGGCUAUAAACAAAAUUAUUGCUGCCUACAAUCGCAUACCAGGGCGCUCAAUUGUGUAUCCCUGGGAGGUGGCAACUGUUAUUGACCCCAACACAUUUGUGGUCAACUACCACUAAGCCCCCGAAGUUGUUGUGUUUAUAGUAAUUAGUUU